CGAGCUCGUGCCUACCAGUAGUAGCGUCUCGCCUCGCUCCCCUGCCCGACCCAGUAAAAUACUGUCUGCCCACUCGCCGGCGAAGAUGGCCCACCGCCACGUCCUCCUCGUGGCGCUCGCCGUCCUCGCCACGGCCGCCGUCGCCGUCGCGUCCUCCUCAUCCUCCUUCACCGACUCGAACCUGAUCCGGCCCGUCACCGAGCGCGCCGCCACCGCGCUCGAGUCCACCAUCGUCGCCGCGCUCGGCCGCAGCCGCCACGCGCUCCGCUUCGCGCGCUUCGCCGUUAGGUACGGCAAGAGCUACGAGAGCGCGGCGGAGGUCCAGAGGCGGUUCCGGAUCUUCUCCGAGAGCCUCGAGGAGGUCCGCUCCACCAACCAGAAGGGCCUCUCCUACCGCCUCGGCAUCAACCGCUACUCCGACAUGAGCUGGGAGGAGUUCCAGGCGAGCCGGCUCGGCGCGGCGCAGACCUGCUCGGCGACGCUCCGCGGCAACCACCGGAUGCAGGACGCCAACGCGCUCCCAGAGACUAAAGACUGGAGGGAGGAUGGGAUCGUUAGCCCCGUAAAAGACCAGAGCCACUGCGGCUCCUGCUGGACCUUCAGCACUACUGGUGCACUUGAGGCAGCAUAUACUCAGGCCACUGGAAAGAACAUCUCCCUUUCUGAGCAACAGCUGGUGGACUGUGCCGGUGCAUACAAUAAUUUUGGUUGCAACGGAGGCCUUCCAUCCCAGGCAUUUGAGUACAUCAAAUACAAUGGUGGCCUUGACACCGAGGAGUCUUACCCUUACAAGGGUGUCAAUGGCGUCUGCCAUUACAAGCCUGAAAAUGCUGCAGUUCAGGUUUUGGACUCAGUUAACAUCACACUGAAUGCUGAGGACGAACUGCAGAAUGCUGUCGGGUUGGUUCGCCCAGUCAGUGUUGCCUUUGAAGUGAUCAACGGUUUCAGGCAGUACAAAAGCGGAGUUUACACCAGUGAUCAUUGUGGUACUACUCCCGAUGAUGUGAACCACGCUGUUCUGGCUGUUGGUUACGGUGUGGAAAAUGGCACCCCCUAUUGGCUCAUCAAGAACUCAUGGGGUGAGUCCUGGGGUGACAAGGGCUACUUUAAGAUGGAAAGGGGCAAGAACAUGUGUGCUGUUGCUACUUGCGCGUCUUACCCUAUUGUGGCAGCAUGAAGCGCCAAUUGCUGGCAAGUUCAGUGUGAACUUGAUCUGCAUCAAUAAUGCGUUUUCAGCCCGGGGAAGAUCGGAAGAUGGGGUUUAUACAGGGACAGAAACUUUGUUGUGAAUAUAUAAAUCUUGAUGACUAGUACUCAAUAUGAAACCCGUGCAUGUAUUCUUCUUUUGUAUGGUUGUAUGGUUUAUGUAAUCCAGCAACUGGGGUUUUGCACGUCAAAGAACGUUUUUAUUUCCGGGACAAAAUAAAAUGGCCCUUUCAUAGGGCACCUGUGCAUCUCAACGGAAAAUUACGUUCAACUUGCAGACUUCUGUAUGCAUAUAUUUGGCUAUGUCCUAUGUGAA